AUGGCGAGCAAGAAAAAAGUAAUCACAGGUGAGGAGCGCCUCAAGCGCAGUUGCAGCAUUAGAAUGGGCAUCAUUCGCGGCCUGAUAAGGGGUCUGGAGUUUGCCGAGGACCGUGUCCUAUGCGACAAUUGGCUUAGUUUUCUCAGUGAGUCUGCCAAGGAUCAACCCAGGACUUGCAGUGGCUUGCUAGAGCAGAUGGAGCGCCAACUGCGAGAGAUGGGCCAUCUGUCGAAGCCCUUCAAUGCCCACGUCUACUGCCGCACUGAUCUGCGCGUGCUGCUCGACGAGGCGCGGCGGCUCCACUCCAGUCUGCCGGAGGUAGUUGCUCCCAAUACCUCCGCAGCCAGUCCAAGCAGGGGAUCUUCUUUUGUGUGGCGCCAGAGGGUUCGACACCUGAGCGCUCUGGAGGAGCAGUACCGACGCAAGAAGAUAGAGCAAAGGCUCAACUCGAAGCCAAAGAAAGUUACCGCAAUUAAGGAGGUUGGGGUCCAAGUGGAGCCGCCUCGGAGAGAGGGCGAUGUCUCAGGUCGAUUACCCAAAAAGCUAGAGAUGAAAGAGCGACUGAUUCGAGACAAUCUCCAGCGGGUGGCCGAGCAACGCCAGUUGGACCUCCAGCGAAAGGCAGAGGCCCGCCAGCUUCGAGAGCAACGUCUGCUCGAGCAGCGGCUCAAGGUCCAGGAGCAACGGGACCAUGAGCGCAAUAUGAUGAACAAGAAACGGGAAGCACCCAGUCACCGAACCAUGGGGCUUUCCCGUCGCCAAAAACAAGAUGAGGCAAAAGUGGAACAAGUGAGCCGUGGGCGUGCGAAGGAGUUGAAGAAACCAGAGGCACUACAAAAAAGCUACAAGGCUCCUUUGCCCUCUGCUGGCAACUGCGUGCGUUGCGAAAUCUAUGAUCGGCAGGCCGCCAUGCGAGCGGAGAUCGUAAAGCAGAAGGAGACGGACUAUGAGCAGCUCAAGCAGUACCACCACAAAAGGGCGCUGGAAGAGCGAGCGCGUCUGAAGAAGGAGCGGUUGGAUCGGGAGAAGGCGGAGCAAGGACGGAAGACUAAACAGGGAAGAGCGACAGGUGGCCUGGAUGAGCUCCCUCGGCAAGGGAAAGACACUAUAAGAAACGUGUGUGGAAGAAAAGAACACAAGAAAAAGCAAGAGGAACUAAAAAAGAAGGCUCCAGAUGAAUCAGAACGAAGACAAAGGGAUGACCUACAGGGAAAGUCCCAAAAGCAGCGCGAAAAGGAAAGAGACCAAAUUAGAAAGCAAGAGUUGCUCGAUGAGAAGGAAAAGGCUCAAGAGAAGGCAGAAUCAGAACGAAGACAAAGGGAUGACUUACAAAAAAAGUCCCAAAGGCAGCGCCAAGCUAGAGAAGAAUCGGAGCAAAGACUAAGGGAGGAUCUACAAGAGCAGAUUGAAGAACAAACUAUUUUCGAAUCCAGGCGCGAUCUCCUUGUCAUCAAACGGAAGCUUCUGCAGCUGAAACUGAGCCAGCUUCAAGAGAAAUAUAAAAAGCCACCAGAAGGGUUAACUGUGGAACAAGAAUUAGAAUUUAGGAAGAGGGAAGUGAAAGACAUAAAAGAAUUAUUGAAAGAGGCAACCGAGCAUAAAAUGGAGAUCCGUAAAGCUCUUGAAGCUCUGAAAGAGGACAGGCAGAAGUCUGAAGAAGGAGAACCAACGACAGUUCCUUGUGUGGCUGUCCAAGCUUAUUUGGAAAUCCAGAAAGAGAAGGACCGUCUUACCCAGAGGAUUCGUGAACGUUGUCAGGAGAUCGAGAAGAAGCUCUUGGCAGGGGCGCCGAAUAGGGACCCGGACUACUGGGAGAACUGGGCUCAAGAACUUAGAGGGAAAUGCUUGCAGGAGCUUCGGAAUAUAGAGGCUGUCCUAAACAAGUAUUCUCCUGCAACUUUGGAGAAUGAAGACGACGAAAGUCUCGGAGAUGAUCCUUCUCGGAGGGACACAUAUCGCUCCCACAGAGAAGUCAACGAUCUAGCACCUCGAGCAUCCACAUUGCAAGGGGCUUCUUCCCUAGAACUGCUUUACAUGAGGGAACCCUGGGCAGAUUCUAAUUCUGUUUAUGAUGCCGGAGAGCCGCGAAUUAACGCUGGUGAAAGCAUUGUAUCCUUCUGUACCGUAACUUGCAGAAAGCGUUUUUCGAACAUCGGCCAAAGGGGAAGGAAGGAAGUUUCCCUCAAUCGAGGGGCUUUCGGUCAACUCUUGAAAGGAUCAGGCUCAACUGAACUUAAGCCCAAAGUCCUGGCUGCCCAGAAUCGUAUUUUGGAGAGGAAGUUGGCCGUCGCCAAGACGAUCACAUUGAACAAGUAUAUUCAAAAAUCCUUGAUCCUGAAGGCUGGGCGAUUGAUCGAUGUUUUGGUGUAUGAAAAGGCCAAGUCCCAUUUAAAGCCACCCAGGCACUUUUUCCAAGCCCUUUUAAGUCCCCUGCUUCAAGACAUGGCAAAUGUUUCGCCUAGAGUCCUGGAGGCCAUUGCUUCCUUAGAUAACAAGCUGGAGGCAUAUCUUGAAAGCUUGUUCGAAGGCCAAGCUGUUGACCAGAUUAACAAUAUUAACGAUAUCUACGACCAGACAGUGCAGCAGCUAAGAGCUCAAUGUAAUAAGCAGCACCUGGUAUCAGAGCUCUUGAUUGGAUUUUACGACGAGCAUCCAAAGCUACCCGAGAUUCUUCAGGCAAUCGAUCAGCUCUACAGGAUGUGGAAGGACCAGCGGCUUGACGAGCAAUAUAAACCAUAA